AUGGCCACUGUGAAGGUGACUGUGCAUGAAGCCCGGGAUCUUCCCAUUAUGGAUCGCACAACAGGACUUGCAGAUCCCUACGUUGUUGUUAAACUCAAUGAUCUUGAGUACACUACGGAGAUUGUACAUAUGUCUAGACAUCCCGUAUGGAAUAAAGUAUUUCGCUUAGAUACAGCAGAUCUACUCAUCCUGCAAGAGGAUCCACUGGAGGUGCGAUUGUAUGAUCAUGAUAUUAUCAGUAGAGAUGAUAUUAUUGGACUCACUUUUCUGGAUUGUAAUUCUAUGGUUUUACAGAGUAAUCCAGCCAUGAGUGGAUGGUUUCCUCUCUUUGAUACCAGUGCAGAUGGAAUUCGAGGUGAAGUACGGCUUACAGUGAAGAUAAAAUUUCAUACCGCGGAGAAUCCAUUAGCACCGCGGCUUCCAAGAAGAUUAGUUCGUUUAUUACCACCAUUACAAGACUAUGAACAUCCUAAUCGUGGAGAUGAACCGCCAUCACCAAACUCUGUGCGAUUCUUUUCUUCAGGAGAUACAUUAGAACCUCUUCGAGCUACUCGAAUGCAGCAUCCCUCACUAACAGCAGAGGAUGAAGGUAUUUUGAUCUUCUCUGCAUGGAGAUUGGAUCCAGCUGUAUAUCGUGUGGAAUCCGUACUUACGAUGGUAGAGGAACUUAUUGUAAAAGCAGAUCCAGAACAUUCAAAGUUAACGAAUCUACGUAGUACCCGAACUACAAAUGAAGCUCGAAUUAUUCAAUUAUAUAAACUUAGUGGAAAAGUAAGACGACAAUUAGCUCGUAAAGUAGUGGAAAUGCAAUGUAAUGCUGUUCUUGGUUAUGUAGAGGAAUUUGAUAUGGAAUCUAAUGGUAUCAUUGUGCGUGCAUAUGGAACUCCCUGUGUAAUCUCUGCCGUAAAAUAUGUAAAACCAGAAAAAAUGGGUUCUUUCCUCCUUUCUUCCAAUACACAACAAACUCAAGGCGUACAGACGAGACCAGUGGAAACCCCAUCUGGAUGUUUAACACCCGCUCAUGGUUCCUUUGGUACACCUCAGCAUUUACCAACGAUGGGUGAUACUUCUACAGAGCAGAUGAUUGGUAGUACUACGAAUACGAAUACUAAUACUACUACAGGAAUAUCAAAAGGAAUGGUAAUGCCAAAAUUAACUCUACAAGAAGCUGUAUCAUCCACUACGAAUGAAGUCGAUACACAUGUGAUUACACAGCCAACUACUACUAAUACUAAUAAUACUACUACUGCUAAUAAUAAUAAUAAUAAUAAUAAUAAUAAUAAUAAUAAUAAUGGUAUGAACCCUGUUGGAUCAUCUAUUCCUACACCUUUAAAUCUUGGAGGGGCUGUACUUGAGAAUGCCACGGCUCCCUUAAUAAAUAAUGAGUCUAGUGGGACAGAACUCCCACCAUCACAGCAAGCGACAACAGGAACACGUACAAAUGUUCUUAUUUUAACUCUUAAAGAUCUUCCAUCUGGAAUGAUUGAACAUAUUGGUGGUCAUAUUAGUGCUCAAUCGGUAAAAAUUGUAGCAAAAAUGAAAUCUAAACAAAUGAUUUCACAAGAACGUGAUGCUUGGUGGAUGGAAUUACGUGAAGAACUUAAAGCCAAUGCUCGUGCAUUUUAUUGUAAUGUCAUUCUUGGAUAUGAAGAAGUGGUUUUAUAUCAUGAAGAUGUAGCUGUUCUCUCACUUUUUGGAACUGCUGUAAAAUUAAAUCAUACCAUGCAUCCUCUUCGUGGUGGUCCUGAAUUUCUUUAUAGACAUGCUUUAAAACGUUUUACUUCACGUAAAAAUUGUUCAUCUAUUCAUUUAUUUGGAAAUUCUAUGCGUUUAGUCGAUAUUACAGGAGCCCUUGGAGAUUUCAUUACAUGUAAUCUUUGUCAUCAAAAAUCCGUUCCUGAGGUAUUAUUAGUAUCCUGUGCAAUGCCACAAGAUCUUACAUAUGAAGGAGAACCAAGACUUGUACAAGCUGUUGUAUCCAAGGCAAAAAGUGCUGUUCGUGGAGUAGAUCUUGCCCUUGCAGUUUCUCAAGCUCUUUCUUGUAUUGAAUAUUCAUUACAUAAACAAUUAUUAUUUAAUCUUAAAUUACAACGUUUAAAUGCUGUAUUUGGUCUUCGAGUGACCUUAUGUAUUACCUCUGAUGCUAUUAUAGGGACCAUGACAGGAACUGGGUGUUGUUUGGUAGGUCUUCCUAUUCCAUCCCUACCACGUGUUGAGAUAUUAGAUCCAUCUAUUCGUCAUCAUGAUGCCGUUAUUCGUUUAGAAGAUGUAGUAGCCCAACACGCACGAUCAAGACGACGUCAAGGUAAAAAUAAAAAUACAACCGAUACGCAAAGAAGUUCUUCCACAUCAUCGGAUUUAUCAGAACAUAGAGGAUAUGAAAAUAGUUCACCUGGUUCAUGGGGAGGAGGUGAUAUAUUUUCUUCAGAUUCUGAUAAUGAACAAGGAUUACCAGGAUUUGGAAAAUGUGGUAGAGUUAGUGAUUAUGUGGUAAAAAUUGAUGAUGAGGAAGAAGCUGAAAUAAUGCUUGGAAUGAUUGGAGAAUUAACAUUUGAAGAUAGUAUACUUCUUACUGUACCAUAUGUACCAGAUUGCGCAAAUGCAUUUGGAUCACAAGAACGUGUUUUAUUAAAUCGACGUUUUAUUAUUAAUAGAAUGUAUAAUGGUUCUAUUUCUACAGGAACUGUAAAUAAAUGUUUUGCAGAAGCUAAACGUGCCUUUGUUCAAGCUGUUUGUCGAGUAGCAUUACGUCGUCAUCAUCAUCCACUAGAACGAUUACGAGUAAUGAAUUUUUCAUUUGGUUUAUUCUUUGAACCUAAUUCUGGUGCCAUGCAAUUACGAUUAGAAGGUUGUCUCAUGACGAGUACUGCCCCAAAACGUUUAUGUUUGGAAGAAUUGGAAGAGAAAUCCUUUAGAGAGUGUUUACGAUAUGUGGAAGGAGAUCCCCGUCCGGUUCCAUUGACGCAUAAUAGUCUUGGAGGAUCUACACCAAAGUAUGCUGUGCCGAUAGAAUGUAAUAACGCACUUCGAGCUUCUGUUUGUAGUGCUCGUACAACGGAUGUGAGUAGCACCUCUGGAGGUAUUGGAGGUGGAGGAGGAGGAGGAGGAGGAACUGCUGGUGGAGUUAAUCACAUUGAAAAGGAUAUUGUCCAUCAAGUGGAACGUAGUGUAUUUGUAAAAAGUAAUGCCCCUUAUGCCCUUCCAUUUGUAUUUAAACGAGAUAUCCCACCACCGUAUUUAUGGUCAGAAAUGGAGGCGAGUGCGGCGGCAGCGGCGGCUUCGGCGACGACUUCCACCUCCGCCCUGGCGAGUGUGAGUGGGGGCUAUAGAGAUAACUGGGCCCGGCCUGGAAUGGUGGAAAGGCAAUGGCAGGCCCUCACUUCUCUCGCCUCCACCGCUAUUCGUAAUUUAAUGGAAAAGACGGGAGUGACUGCAGAUGCGAAGAGUGGUGUGGUGGAUGGUCGGCAUCGUGAGAGUGGAAUGACAUUAGAGUCCUCUGCAGGUGGAGGACCCAUGUUACAUCAACCAGCGCGACGACUACCAACAGACUGGAAUUUAUUUGAGGCAAAUGAAACCGAAGUUAUCUUUACUCCAUUGGAUUUUGUAGCAGGGAAGGCAAUUGUACGAUAUGUGGGUCGUCUUUCUCAACAUUUUAUCCGUGAAGAUUAUGGUAUAGAUACCUCAAAUGAUCUUGGUGUCUUUUUUCAACGAACAGAUUUUGAAAUGCAAUGCAUGGUUCAGGCAAUGGUGCGAUUAAUGGGAGGCGAUGCACUCUUAAAACAUCGUGUGACUUAUCAUGAAGUGUGGGAUUCCGAUGGAUCGGGAUGUGCAUCUGUGUUUGUUACCGUAACUGGAGAUGUGGUCCAGACAAGUACACUUCCAUUAGUUCCACUUGUUUCAAGUAAAGGUAACGAUCAUGAUAGCAGCGAAAAUGAUGAGGAUCACUCUCAUUAA